GAAUGAAUAUAAACAGUAGUAGCUCAACAACGUCAACUUGUUCUCCGAAACUUCUUUAAAACCUCAAAGGCUGCUAAAAAGAAAACAACACUCUCCCCGAGUUCAUGCCUGAAGAAGACUUUUCAGUCAUCAGCCAUUUAUACAUUUCCUCAAUUCUUCAGAAACUUUUCCUCUGAACUUGAAUUCUUCAAUUUGGAAUGGUGGUUUGCCGUCGGUUGAGUUUGUCGACUCAGUCAUCACUCUGAAUAAAAAAGCACCUUUACAGGAGAAAUAUUUAAAAGAUGGCUGCAUCUGAAAGGGAUGUGACACCAAUGCUAUCUUCCACCGACUUACAAAGUGAUGAACAAGACGACUCACAAUUUCAAAAGUUGACGUCUAGGACCAGAAGUGCGUCCAUAUCAAUCCCCAUGCACUCUUUAGACUACUAUGGUAGUGAACAGGGUUUUAUAAGCCAUACCGGUCCUCUGAGAAAUGAAAAAUUAAAUGCAGUUAUAGAGAUGAGCACUUGGCAAGCAAACGGUGCCACAGGGCAGAAAACUUCUGAGACUAAGGAAGAACGAUAUCCUUCAUUCAACCGAAUGGACCGGACUGUUCGGUCAGAUAACAGAUAUACUGGGAAAAGUGACAAUCUUCUCAAGUCUGGGCCACUAGGAAUGUGCAAUGAUCCUUACUGCACUACAUGCCCUAGCUAUUACCAUGUGAAAGGGUAUCAUAAGAAGUCUAAAUCAUCUGAUUUUUCAGAUCAAAAGUUCCAUUAUAUGCUUUAUGGAGAUGCUAAAGGUUGGGUGAAGAAAGUUGCUUCUUUUCUUCAACCUUAUAUUCCGCCCGUCAUGAAUCCUCAUACCAAAUUUGUUCAACAGUGGAAUCAGUUCUUCGUCAUUUGUUGCUUGUUUGCAAUUUUUCUGGAUCCGUUGUUCUUCUUCUUGCUUUAUGUGCAGCAGGACAAUAAGUGCAUUUCUCUCAAUUGGCCCAUGACAAAAACACUGGUGGUUUUGAGGAGCUUGGCCGAUUUGGUGUACUUCAUACACAUUCUUCUCCAGUUCAGGCUAGCUUACGUGGAUUCUGAAUCCAGAGUAGUGGGCGCUGGUGAUCUGGUAGAUAAUCCGAAAAAGAUUGCGCGUCAUUAUCUUUCUGGAUACUUCUGUCUCGACUUGUUUAUUGUUUUGCCACUCCCUCAAAUCAUUAUACUGCUGAUCUUACCACGGUCUCUUGGACAAACUGGUGCAAAUUAUGCUAAGAAUCUUUUAAGGGCGGCAAUUCUGGCUCAGUAUAUUCCAAGGCUAUACAGGUUUCUGCCUUUGCUGGCUGGUCAAUCUCCAAUUGGCUUGGUAUUCGAGUCGGCAUGGGCAAAUUUUAUCAUAAACCUUCUGACUUUUGUGCUAUCAAGCCAUGUGGUGGGAUCAUGUUGGUAUCUCUUCGGCCUGCAGAGGGUGAAUCAAUGUCUUCGAGAUGCCUGUAGGAGCUCAAGUAUUCCAGAGUGCAAUAAAUUUAUAGAUUGUGGCCAUGGAGAUAGAAAUUUUUCUUCGUUUCCACAAUGGCAACAAUGGCCGAACAAUGUCAAUGCCACUGCUUGUUUUAUUGAUGGUAAUUUCGACUAUGGGAUCUAUGCUCAAGCCGUAAACCUCACCACCAAAGGGAAUGUUAUAACAAGAUACACCUAUGCGCUAUUCUGGGGAUUCCAGCAAAUAAGUACCCUGGCUGGGAAUCAGAUUCCGAGCUAUUUUAUCUGGGAAGUUCUUUUCACAAUGGCCAUCAUAGGACUUGGUCUUCUACUUUUUGCUUUGCUUAUUGGCAACAUGCAAAACUUUCUCCAGUCGCUUGGGCGCAGGAGGCUAGAAAUGUCUCUUAGACGCCGUGAUGUUGAGCAGUGGAUGAGCCAUCGCCGCUUGCCAGAGGACUUGAGAAGAAAAGUACGGGAAGCAGAACGGUAUAAUUGGGCUGCAACCAGAGGUGUGAAUGAAGAAAUGUUGAUGGAAAACCUGCCUGAAGAUCUCCAAAGAGAUAUACGCCGUCAUCUCUUUAAAUUUGUUAAGAAGGUCCAAAUAUUCACCCUUAUGGAUGAGCCCAUUUUAGAUGCCAUUUGUGAGAGACUACGGCAAAAAACCUAUAUAAAAGAGAGCAAGAUUCUAUAUCGCGGCGGCCUUGUUGAUAAAAUGGUCUUUAUUAUCCGUGGAAAAAUUGAAAAUAUUGGAGAAGAUGGAAUUAAAGCUUCCUUGGGCGAAGGUGAUGUUAUUGGUGAAGAACUUUUGACAUCGUACCUUGAGCAUUCUUCUAUAAACAAAGGUAUUUAAAGGUUGUUUUUCUUUUAUGUUUGCAUAAUAGCUAGAAAAAGGGUUGGUUGGAUGGCAAGGGUUGAGGAUGCAAGUGAGAGAUUUUGUCUUUAAGCCAUCCCAUUACAAAAAACUCAUAAUUCCUCAUGAAAUGAGGGCAUAGACUACUCAGGAACUUACACUUGCAGCCUUUUUGUACCAGUAGGUCACUUUUAAGUAAUUAUUAUUUCAGAUGGAAGAAAGAUCAGGAUUCCGGGACCUGUUACUGUGAGUAAUAGAGAAGUCAGAUGCUUGACCAAUGUAGAAGCGUUUGUUCUGCGGUCCACUGAUCUGCAAGAAGUUACAAAUCUGUUACCAAGAUUCCUAAGGGAUCCACGGGUUCAAGGAGUUUUAAGGUAACAUCUAAGAUUAAUCAAGUCAUUUCUCCCAGAAUGUCACUCAUAUUUAAUUCAUCGUCUUUGUUCUUGUCCCUGCCCGUAUGAAAUACUCGUGAGUUUGUACAAUCUGCGCAGGAGUGACAAUUGACAAUCUCCAUUUCCGAACGUCACAAAUUUGUCUCCUCACAACUAACAAUGGGCAUACUUUCUUAUUGCAGAUAUCAAUCUCCUUACUGGCGAACCCUUGCUGCGAGGAGGAUUCAAGUAGCGUGGAGGUCCUGGCAGAAGCGGCAUUAUAAAGGAGAGUUCUCCAGCCCACAACAUGAGUUUCUUCAAUACGCUCAAUAUGCAAACUACUGAUUCUUUACAUUUGGCCUUUACGCUUGGAUCUUGCCUAACAGAGUACAGAGAGGAGGGAAAGAUGUAUUCUAUCAUCUUAUUUUCUUAGUUAAUAGUGGUGGGAGCAUAGAUUGUUGUAUAAUAUAUAUAUAUAUAUAUAUAUAU